UAUAGUUUUUUUUAAGUUUUUAAGUUUUUUAAGUUUUUUUUAUAGAUACUUUUCAAAACCUUAUCUAAACCGUACAAGAAUCAGCAAAUAGUUUUGGUUUUUAAAAACCCUGAAAAAUUCAUUAUAUUGAAAUUUAUAUAUAUAUAUAUAUAUAAUUUAUUUUCUUUGAGACAUAUAUUAAGUUAAAAUGUCAGAUGCUUUUGAUAAACUUCGAAUGAUGGAAGAUGAAAUGAACAAGUUUGAAGAAGAAAUUGGUAUUCCUAAUUAUGUUGGAGCCCAUUCUUACAAUCAGAUUUCCUUACCUUCUAAUACAGAUGAUUAUUCGAUGAUGGCACAACAGAAUUUAAUCCAUUCUCAAAGGUACAAUAAUGGUCAACCGUCAUUUACAAAUAGUCAAAUGUUGUUACAGCAACCACAAAGAAAAUUUAAUGUGAAAACUGAUAAAACUAUAGGUCCUGUAAUUCUUAGUGGAGCUCCUAAAUUAUACAGCUCAAAAUCGGAACAACUAAUUCCUACAAAUGAUUUAUUAAUUAAACCAGAAGAUGUUAUGAAAAUGACUUCUAGUAUUAAUCCUUUAAAAAAAGAAUCAAAAAAAACAACACAAACAGUAUUGCCUGGUAAAGAAAUGGCUGAAGCUGUAAAAGCUAGUUCAAAAACUGUUGUUGUGUCAGCCGGUGGUAAUGCUGUUGCUGCAGCAGAAUGUGCAGCAUCAAUACCUAAUCAAUCUGCUAAAAACAAAGGCAAAAAGAACAAAAAAUUUGUACGGACAUCUGGAGGACAAGUAUGGGAAGAUCCCACACUCGCAGAGUGGGAUGAAGAUGACUUCAGACUAUUUUGUGGAGAUCUUGGGAAUGAUGUCACUGAUGAGUUAUUAGCAAGAACAUUUAGCCGAUAUCCAUCGUUCCAAAAAGCUCGUGUUGUUCGAGAUAGACGAACUAUGAAAACUCGUGGUUUUGGUUUUGUUUCUUUUAAAGAUCCAGCAGAUUUUAUUAGAGCUACAAAAGAACUUAAUGGUCGUUAUGUUGGAAGUAGACCUAUUAAAUUACGAAAAAGUAUGUGGAAAAAUAGAAGUCUAGAAGUAACUAAGAAAAAGGAAAAAGAAAAAGCUGCUCUUAUUAGCUUACUAACUGGUCAAUCUUCAUAAAGUAAAAAACUAUUAAUAUUUGUAAAUAAACAUGUUACUUUAAUACUCAAUUUAUAUUGACAAUAUUUGAUUCCUUUUCUUUGACAAACUAUAAAUAUAUUAAAUUAUAUAUUUUGUGAAA